CGCUGGAUAAGCUCAACAGGGAAACAGAUGCACCUUCUCCCCAAUGAGCCCGGAUUUUGCCCCGCUAUUCGACUGCCUCAAUUUAAGUUUGUUAGGAUAUUCCGGAUCGCAGGGGGACUUCUCAAGCCCCCCUUGGGAUCGCGGUCAGUUCUGACGGGGACGGCGCUUGUUCUGCUGAGUUUAUCACACGGUGGUGUUGCUCCACCUCCACCCAUAUGGCUUAUUUUCCCCUUUUUGCUUCGGAAUACACUCACUGAAAAGCAGCCAAAAGCAAUGCUCCCGGUGACCGACCGAAGAAUAUCGGAAUGAACCUGAAGAGUAGAGCUGUCAUUUCAACGCAGAAACCGCGACACGCAGACUACCGGUCACUGAAGGAUCUCCUCCAUAAUUACACAGGGCUAUAUUAGAGCGUUCGGCCCGAUGGAUGUCUGAAUCCUUCUGCUCUUGAUAGCUAUGGCAGACUGGACCUUUAAAUAGUUCGAUCCUGGGUGUAAGAGAGCCGUUUGGCCUACAUAGUGUGAAGUAAUGAUAUUUGCUCCGGGAGAUUAGUCUUGGCUUGGUCUGAUAUGGAAAUAUAGGCCCUCCCGUUUCCUUUAGCUAGUCGUUUCCUUCUAUAAUGCAUCGGUUCAGUCCACAAUUUCAACGUGGGCAGUCUAUCGCAUGCCUAUUAGCAAACCCUAUACCUUCGAAGUCACACUUUCAAUUUUUCUGUGGUUGAAGAAAACCUUAAAAAAUUAAAAAUAAAAUAUAAAAAAAUAAAAACAGCAUCCAACUAUAGUAGAUAUCUAGCUGACACCGUGGUUCCGGUUGCACCAUGGUUCUGGUCAUGCGACAUGGGGCCCAUGUCGUGUGGUGCUGCCUGCUGGUGUGUUGCCUGGCAGAGAUCGGGACGUGUCUAGAGUUCACAGGUGCAGAAGGCCAGUGGGCUCGGUUUCCGGUGUGGAACGCGUGCUGCGAGAGCGAGAUGAGUUUCACCAUGAAAACCAAGAGUUCCCACGGCCUCCUCGUGUACUUUGACGACGAGGGCUUCUGUGACUUUCUAGAACUCCUCAUACAGAACGGCAAACUCAGCCUCCGCUUCUCCAUCUUCUGCGCCGAGCCCGCCACCGUGCUCACGGACACGGCGGUCAACGACAGCGAGUGGCACGAGGUGACCAUCCGGAGGAACUUCAAAAACACGACGCUGGUGGUGGACAAUGAGGUCAAAUGGGUCGAGGUGAAGUCCAAACGGCGGGAUAUGACCGUGUUCAGCCACUUGUUCGUGGGUGGAAUACCACCGGAGUUACGUUCCGUGGCGUUGCGUCUCACCUCGUCCGUGGUGAAGGACCAGGCGCCCUUUGCUGGAUGGAUAACUGACAUAAAGGUCAACAAAACGGAGUCGGUGAUGGUCAACAGCGAAGGUGUCCUGGCCGACCUCUGCGGUGCGGCAAACAUGUGCCUAAACGGCGGAGUCUGCAGUUUAAUUGACAACGAGCCGUCAUGUGACUGCUCCCAGACUGGGUUCCAAGGCAAGGACUGCAGUGAAGAGGAUGCUGCUGCCGAAGGUCUGGCACACCUGAUGAUGGGCGACCAAGGGCAAAGAGGGGAAACUUGGCUACUAAGGUCCCUACUGAGCAUUCAAGGAAAGGAGGAGUACGUCGCCACCUUCAAGGGCUCGGAGUUCUUCUGCUACGACCUGUCCUUGAACCCCAUCCAGAGCAGCAGCGACGAGAUCACGCUCUCCUUCAAGACGCUCCAGAGGAACGGCCUCAUGCUGCACACGGGCAAAUCGGCCGACUACGUCAACCUGGCGCUGAAAAACGGCGCCGUCUCCCUCGUCAUUAAUCUGGGCUCGGGAGCGUUUGAGGCUCUGGUGGAGCCGGUCAAUGGGAAAUUUAAUGACAAUGAUUGGCAUGAUGUCAAAGUGACACGGAAUCUACGGCAGCACUCAGGCAUUGGACACGCUAUGGUCACCAUCUCCGUGGACGGGAUACUGACCACCACGGGCUACACCCAGGAGGACUACACCAUGCUCGGCUCGGACGACUUCUUCUACGUGGGCGGCAGCCCCAGCACCGCCGACCUGCCCGGCUCCCCAGUCAGCAACAACUUCAUGGGCUGCCUGAAGGAGGUGGUGUACAAGAACAACGACGUGCGGCUGGAGCUCUCGCGGCUGGCCAAGCUGGGCGACCCCAAGAUGAAGGUGCACGGCAUGGUGGCCUUCAAGUGCGAGAACGUGGCCACGCUGGACCCCAUCACCUUCGAGACGCCCGAGUCCUACAUCGUGCUCAACAAGUGGAACGCCAAGAAGACGGGCUCCAUCAGCUUCGACUUCCGCACCACCGAGCCCAGCGGCCUGCUGCUCUUCAGCCACGGCAAGCCCAAGCAGCAGCUGCCCAAGGACCCCAAGAGGCCGCAGACGCUCAAGGUGGACUUCUUCGCCAUCGAGAUGCUGGACGGACACCUGUACCUGCUGCUGGACAUGGGCUCGGGCACCAUCAAGGCCAAGGCGGUGAACAAGAAGGUCAACGACGGGGAGUGGUACCACGUGGACUUCCAGCGCGACGGCCGAUCGGGUACCAUCUCCAUCAACACCCUGCGCACCGCCUACACCGCCCCGGGGGAGAGCGAGAUCCUGGACCUGGACGACAACCUGUACCUGGGCGGCCUGCCGGAGAACAAGAUGGGCCUGGUGUUCCCCACCGAGGUGUGGACCGCGUUGCUCAACUACGGCUACGUGGGCUGCAUCCGGGACCUGUUCAUCGACGGCCAGUCCAAGGACGUGCGGCGGCUGGCCGAGGUGCAGAAGGCGGCAGGCGUGAAGCCGUCGUGCUCCAAGGAGCCCCCCAAGCAGUGCCUGAGCAACCCCUGCCAGAACAACGGCGUCUGCCGGGAGGGCUGGAACCGCUACGUGUGCGACUGCUCCGGGAGCGGAUUCCUGGGACGCUCCUGUGAAAGAGACGCCACCAUCCUGAGCUUCGACGGCAGUAAGUUCAUGAAGAUCCAGCUGCCGGUGGUGAUGCACACGGAGGCGGAGGACGUGUCACUGCGCUUCCGCUCCCAGCGGGCGUACGGCGUGCUGAUGGCCACCACGUCGCGCUACUCGGCCGACACGCUGCGUCUGGAGCUGGAGACGGGCCGCGUGCGCCUCACCGUCAACCUAGAUUGUAUCAGGAUAAACUGUACAUCCAGCAAGGGUCCCGAGACUAUAUUUGCGGGUCAGAAUCUGAACGAUAAUGAGUGGCAUACGGUGCGCGUGUUCAGGAGAGGGAAGAAUCUGCAGCUGACCGUGGAUGACCUGACACCCGUGGAAGGUCAAAUGGCGGGGGACCACUCUCAGCUGGAGUUCCACAACAUCGAGACGGGCAUCGUGACGGAGAAGCGCUUCAUGUCCAUGGUGCCGUCCAACUUCAUCGGCCACCUGCAGGGCCUGACGCUCAACGGCAUGCCCUACAUCGACCUGUGCAAGAACGGCGACAUCGACUACUGCGAGCUCAACGCCAUGAUCGGCUACAAGAACAUCAUCGCCGACCCCGUCACCUUCAAGUCGCGCGCCAGCUACCUGACGCUGACCACCCUGCAGGCCUACUACGCCAUGCACCUCUUCUUCCAGUUCAAGACCACCUCGUCCGACGGCCUCAUCCUCUACAACAGCGGCGACGGCAACGACUUCAUCGUGGUGGAGCUGGUCAAAGGGUACCUGCACUACGUGUCCGACCUUGGGAACGGGGCCCACCUGAUCAAGGGCAACUCCAACAAGCCCCUGAACGACAACCACUGGCACAACGUCAUCAUCUCCCGGGACACCAACAACCUGCACACGGUGAAGAUCGACACCAAGAUCACCACUCAGACUACCAGCGGGGCCAAGAACCUGGACCUCAAGGGCGACCUUUACAUCGGCGGCGUGGCGAAGGAGAUGUUCAAAGAGCUGCCCAAACUGGUGCACGCCAAGGAGGGCUUCCAGGGCUGCCUUGCCUCUGUGGACCUGAACGGACGCCUGCCCGACCUGAUGUCCGACGCCCUGGACUGCGUGGGUCAGAUCGAGAGGGGAUGUGAAGGCCCCAGUACCACCUGCCAGGAGGACUCCUGUGCCAACCAGGGGGUGUGUCUCCAGCAGUGGGAGGGCUUCAGCUGCGACUGCAGCAUGACGUCGUUCGGCGGACCGCUGUGCAACGAUGAUGUUUUUCUCCUCUGUUUCCAGGAAAAGGGGAACAUCGCAGUGGUGUUCAAUGUGGGGACCGAAGACAUAAACAUUGAGGAGAAGGCAAAGUUUGUAAAUGAUGGGAAGUACCAUAUAGUGAAGUUCACGCGGAGUGGGGGUAAUGCCACUCUGCAGGUGGAUGACUUGCCCGUGAUUGAGCGCUACCCUACAGGCAACAAUGAUAACGAACGCCUGGCGAUUGCUAGACAGCGAAUCCCAUAUCGACUUGGUCGAGUAGUUGACGAAUGGCUACUCGACAAAGGGCGACAGCUCACAAUCUUCAACAGCCAAACCACCAUUCAGAUUGGUGGCUGGGAGCGUGAGCAGGGCAACUCGUUUCAGGGCCAGCUCUCGGGCCUCUACUACAACGGGCUGAAGGUCUUCAACAUGGCCGUGGAGGGGGACCCCAACAUCAAGGUCAAGGGCAGCGUACGGCUGGUGGGGGACUCUCCCUCAUCGAUCACGCCCCAGUCGAGCGCCACGGCCAACCGCUCGGAAACAUCCACGUCCAUCAUGGAGAUCACCACGACCACUGCAUCCAACAGACGCAUCAAGCAGACCACUCCACGGGAGCCUCAGCAGACCACGGACGACCUGCUGGUGGCGUCGGCCGAGUGUCCGAGCGACGACGAGGACAUUGAUCCCUGUGAGCCGAGCUCAGGUGGGUUAGCCAACCCGACGGGCGCCAGCCCCAAGGGCUACCCGGGCACGUCGGAGGUGUUCCGGGAGUCCAGCAGCACCACGGGCAUGGUGGUGGGCAUCGUGGCGGCAGCCGCCCUCUGCAUCCUCAUCCUGCUCUACGCCAUGUACAAGUACCGCAACCGCGACGAGGGCUCCUACCACGUGGACGAGAGCCGCAACUACAUCAGCAACUCGGCCACGCAGGCCAACGGCAGCGUGGUGAAGGAGAACAACGUCAAGCCCAGCGCGCCCGUCAAGGCCUCGGGCAAGGGCAAGAAGAACAAGGACAAGGAGUACUAUGUGUGAUGUUCCUCUCUGUCGCUCUCUCACUCUCUCUCUCUCUCGCUCUCUCUCUCUCUCGAUCUAUUUCUCGCGCUGUCUCUCUGUCUCUCUCUCUCUCUCUCUCUCUCUCUCGCUGAGGUGCCUGUUCCCCACGUCAGCGCCUUCGUCACCGGAGGGGGACCAGAGUCCACUCUUUGACUAUCCGGGGGACGAGACGCACGUCAGAAGAUCCUCGUGUGUACAGUAUAACAAAAAUACCAAUUAUUACGUCUUUGUUCGGUUUUUGCGUUUCUUUUUCUCCUCCCCAUCCCCCGGAUGAUGGUUAAGCUGAACGGAGACUAUAUGGACAAUGCUGCGCUAGACUCCAUUCACGGAAACAAUGGGAUGGGAUUUGCACUCGGACGCGCUGACGAGACUGUGAGUCAGACGGGAAGUGCAAUACCGACUAAUAGACAACAUACAAUAGCUAUCUAACACCCAUCCAUGAUACGUCUCCUUGGACUCAUAUGAUGCGUUUCGACCGCCCGGUUUCUGGCGGGGCGAAGGAAUUAACGGACGUUUCAAGGAACUCUCAGCAUUACAAAACUUAAUGUCCUCAUUAACAUUGCCUGUGUUUGUGCUGUUGAGACUUUUUUUCUAUGAGCAAAUGACACAAUGCAUAUAUACGUGAAUAAAGAAAAAAACGCUAAUAAUAUACUUUGGAUGAAGAGCAAAAUGAAAUUAAAAAAAUUAUCUGUAUGGUAACAAAAGGAAAAAAAGGUCAAAAGAUGGAAUGCCAACCCAGCAGAAGGUUUCGAAGAAUCAGCCAAUCCAUGAGCACUCCAAAAAGGCAGUUAUGGCGGACAAAGGGACUCAACAUUACUGACUGAGCCGAUUUCAAUGCAACCUUCACUUUAACCAGAUGAACAUGUCCAUUGUGCCAGUAUGAAUUCAGGGGGGCCUUCGAUUUCAACAACUCUCUGUGUGAAAUCAAAGUUCUUUCUCCAAAUUCCCACAGAUGAAAACCGAUCAUUUUGAGGGAAGGGUCAUGCACGCAGAAUUAUAUUAUUACAGUACAUAUGUUUAUAUACAGUUAAAAAAAACACAUCUAAAUGUGCUUUAUGGACUGUGAACAAAGUGGUGUUUUCUAGCCUGUUGUAUAGAUGAUGCAAACUAUAACUGCUCCUCCACCCAUUUUUGGAAUAAAACCUAGAAAACUGACAAAAAAGACGAAGUAAGUGUUAAGUGUUGCUAGACCUAGACGAUUUUAAGACAUCUGCGAUAUAUAUUUUUCUUUAUUUGGAUUCUUCAAUCCGGCCUCCUCGCCCUCCUCCCUCUCCCUCCUUUUUACAUUUGUUCCUACAUAGUUUUUUAUACGGACCCUUGAAAUAGACGACCCCUGGGCCCAUUGGGGGCCCAAAACCCAUCCUUCUACAAGUUAAACAGGGGGGCUGUCGUCUUGGCCCCUGUUCUAAGGAUACCGGUAGAACCACUGCCUCCCAGCUCAAUCCUGAUGGAAAUACCUACAUAUGCGAGAGAGUGACCAUUAAGAAUGUGUGCGCAAAGUUGUCGGAUGAUGCCAACGAAUGAUCUUGACCGUGACUGUGUUACCUUGCUUGUGUGUGUGUGUUACAAAAUGGUAUUACAGUAUCUAUGGAUGUCCAUUGUAUGCUUGGGUUGACGAAAAAGAUUAAAAAAAAUGGUCGAGGCAAAUAGUUUUAAGUAAGUCUUCAUUUCAACUGUCCUCUGUCCAUUCCUUUGUUCCUGUCAAUCAACUCUGCUUUUCUUUUUUUAAUGAAAACUGUACUUUGAGGAAAGUGAUUAUCAAACAUAAAUGAUAAUGAUUAUACAUUCUUUGUUUGCUGUUUUCUUUCUUUUUUUCCGUGUUUUUAUGUUCAAAUGUAACACUUCUUAAAUGUCAUCCGAGUGCAAUUUAUUAUAAAAAAAAAUAGUUUUUAAAAAUCUAAUGAACAAACAAAUAAAAUAUUACUUCAGUGAAUCCCAUGUAUUUCUAUGAUGAAAAAACAAAACAUCAAGGUAAUAUGCAUUACUUCUCUUCUAAUGCCCCACCUUGGAGGAUAUAGAGUUACAUUGAUUCCCCUGUUCCAGUCGGUUUUACUUUCAGGCUCCUUGAGUUGCUAUUACAAUAAAACACCUAAACAUGUACUCAGUGUAAGGUGGGAUGCUUGAAAAUUGGUGUCUCAGGUCGGUUCUAGUAUUACUAAGUACUUGGCUUCAUGUUCUCAUAUACUUCCAGCCAAAAUAAU